GCAGCGCCCCCAAGCGCCGGGGAGGAAUGUGCAGAGUCGGCUGAGGGGGAGGAGGCUGAUCGUGGGGCGGGUGCGGAGGCCUCGGUCGUCGAGUUCAGUCAGUCAGCCAGCACCUGAAGCCGGGGACUGGAUGAGUUGAGUGGAGGAGCAGUGCGGCCUGUUGGGGAGUCUCCCUCUCUCGUUGCAGCCCCCCGCCGAGUUUGAGCGGAGACGGGGGCGGGGGGGAAAGAAGCCGAGGCCUGUGGGCUCUCUCUGGGCCGCCAUGUUCAGGCUAGUGUAGAUAGGGGCCCGGGGACUGAGUGAGAGACCGACAGAGAGAGAGAGAUGGCAGCGAGCUGGCACGCCGUGUUGGCCGACCAGGCCGAGCUGUUGGUGGGCCGCCUGGAGGACGGGGUGUGGGCCGGCCUCGGUCUCCUGCGGCGCGGCCUGGGCAUCGAUUUGGGGCUGGAGCCGUGGCUGAGACGCCAGCCCCCUGGCUCGGCCGGCCUGGCCCUCCUCGUCCUCCUGCUGCUGGUGGUGGUACCGGCCGUGCUGUGGGCCCUGGGCCGCCUCCUGGUGUCCGCCUGCAAGAAGCCGGGCCCCGCGCAGGCCCAGGCCCAGGGCCGGCUUCAGCACGGACACAGGGGCCGCAGGAGCGGCAGCGGAGGGGGAGCCCGGAACUGGGACAAGACCCCGGCCGAUGUCCAGCAGCAGCGCCUGGAGGAGCAGCGGAGGAAGAACAAGAGGAAGGAGAAGCCAAAGAAAUCGCAGCCGAACGGGCGAGCGGGAACUGAACCAUUAGACGAGGAAAUUCUUCAUCCAUUUGAAAAGCUAAUUGUCAAACAACAUCUGGACACAGAGAAGAAAACGGAAAAGACAAAGAAAAACAAGAAGAAGCCAAAGGCAGACAUGAAACAACUGCAGGAGGAGCCACAGAACUGGGCUGAAGGCAAAGAAACUGAUGAAGGGGCAUGGGAGACCAAAAUCAGUAGCCGGGAAAAACGACAACAGCGCAGACGUGACAAAGGAAUAAAUGAAUCUCCGUCCGUCGAUUCUAGUCUCCCUGCAGUUGGAUCUGAAGCUGUUCCCGCACAGCAGCACACGGUAGCCUCAGCUGGUCUGGGCCCUCGAAAGACCAAAGGGGUAGAAACUGCAGUUGCUCCCGGGUGGGGUGAACAGCUAACAGUGAAUGGAGGAAGCUGGUGUGAUAUCCCAGUGAAACUGCCCACUCAGAUUAAUGCGACUAAGGAUGAUAAGUGGCAACAAAUCCCAGUAUUGGCAAAUGCAAAAAGAAGCCCGGAUCAGCCUGCCUGGGGCCAGGAAAGCAGUGAUACCAAUGCAGGGGCAAAAGAAUGGGCAGUACCCUUAGUUGAUAAGACUUGGAGUGAGCAUGCACUUUACCCCAGCAUUGGGGCUUGGGCAGGUGUCAAUAACAGGAUGAAUACCUCAGAGCAGAAACCUCCUUUCUCUACUGCAGGGGCGAAUGCUGCAGUAGCCAGUACCUCCAGUGAGCCAGCCUCCCAGUCAAGCACCACUGAUCAUCAUUGGGAUGCCAACCCGGCACCCAGCCCUGUUGACGAUGCCUGGUCUGGAAUAAAUGGAAUUUCGACAGCAGACCCAAGUUCUGACUGGAAUGCUCCAACAGAAGAGUGGGGAAACUGGCUGGUGGAAGAAAGCACUUCUACAGCACAGCCUGAGGAUGUCGUUGCAGAAACUCCAAAGCUGUCAGAUGAAGAUAAAGAGAAAGUGGACUUGGGUCUGCAAGGUUCUGCAACCAGCAAAUCAAAGAAGAAGAAAAAAAAGAAGAAAAAGUGCGAAGAUGCUGCUGCUGCUCCUGUACAAGAGACCGAGGAGCAAGAGAAGGAAUCAAUCAGUGGAGACCAGGAGCAGCUUAUUGUACAAGACCAGCCUGAAAAGGAGAUAGGUCCACCUGUUGAAACAAUAUGCACUAGUGAACCAGCAGAGGUUGAAGAGGCACAGCCGGUAGAAAUCGUCGAAGAACCAGCUGUAAUUAUGGAAAGCUCUUCCCAGGAUAUUACUUCCCAAGUGCCAGACACACUAUCAGAGACAGAAUCACCUGUCUCUGCCACUAAACAGAAUAACCUGCCUCCUUCACAAGCAAAAUCUGAUGAAAACUGGGAGUCCCCGAAGCAGAUCAAGAAAAAGAAGAGAGCAAGAAGGGAAACAUGAGCUUUUUUUUGUAUUCAGUGGUCAGUUGUUAUGCAAAAUGAUCUUGAAGAAAAAAAAAAUCCGUUUAUGCAAUAAUUUGUGAAAAUGUACAGAAUUUUAUAGAAGAAAAUUUGACUGUAAUUUUUAUUAAAACUUAUUGCAAUGCGCAUGAGCAACUUGAUUUGAUACCAUGUAACAAACUUCAAGUGUAACACACUGAUGCUGUCUACAGCCACUUUCAUGCUGGGUCUGAGUUUGUUGACACUAGAAAUGUGAUUUUGUCUUUUCUUUCAUUUUUGUUUUGUAAGAGUUUGGGAAAGUCUGUGCAGAACUGCAUCUUACAUUAUGACCUUUUGGCUCCACACUAGAAAUUCGCGAUGAAAGUUGCUUUCUUAAAUUAAAAAGCCGGGCCGUGUGAAGAGCAAUUGCUAGGGAGGCUUUGGUUUUUCCAUUCCUCUUUACGCUUCCCUAUCCCAUCUAAUGCCACCAACACCCCCCUCCUCCCGACUCCGGAAAACACAGUUAAACGUAGAUCACAGUGUUCAAAAUGGUAUCGGGUUGAGCCUGAAGCAGAAAACAUUUCGAUAGCUUUAAUAUUUGUGGACAGAAUUACAAUUUAUAUCAGGAAUGACAUUUUACUGCCUUAACCUGUAGUGUGUAGAGAGAAAGAUGUUUAGGUAACCUAAAAGGAAAUUCCAAUUUUCUAAGAAUCCAUGAACACUGGUUCAUAACAGCGGGUGGGUUUGGAGAAAUUAGCAGUUGCAUAAGCUGGGAAGAUGUUUCGCACCAAUUAACAUUGGAAAAACACUGUAAAAUAUCCAGCUGUUCAGACAGAUGUUUUCUUUUUUAAAAAUAAAUGUCAAUCUCAAGAUGCCAUUCCUCUGCUGAUUAAAGUGGUCCUCGUCUAACCUGCAGUUUGGUUCUGCUGAAAAUUUACCCUUGCUCCCAAAUCAGACAGCUGUGGGAGUUGACACCAUUCAGUCGUCAAAUCGCUAUCUAGACCAGAGCUUCCUAAACUCCUUUCCCACCUCAUAUGACCCCAUUUUGAGCCUUGAAAAUUGUUACAAUCCCUCAGUGAGAUUUGAGAGAACGGGGGUGGGGCAGGGGGUUGUGGUGCAUAUCGUUAUUGUAACUCAGUUUGAGCUCCACAAGAGGCAGUGCUGCCUCGGAGAUCACCAUCCCAGAGCUUCAACUUGUUGCCCCACUUGGGGUCCACGCCACCACUUUGGGAAACCCUGCACUAGACUUUGCCAAGCAGCAUAAAUCUGGUGGAUACCCAGUCAGUGGCAGCAGAGGGAACUGCUGAUGGUCCCGUGGUCUCAUUACUAGUGGUUUCACACAGCUUAUCACCGUUAAGAAGGCUAACGACAGAGAAGAAAGCUAAAUUGGAUAAGAACAAAUGAGAAUACUUGAAAUAUAAGGUUUAUACAUAGACAAAGUUAAAGAAAAAUACAAAUCAUUAAACUGAAAUAGUCUGGUUAGAACCUCAACCAUAAGCCUGCAGGUAAAGAUUCUAGUUUCUACUUUGCAGUGUUGGCAUCUGAGUAUUGUUUGGAAUGACUGGUGCGUGCUAUGCCAUGUGCAUUGUUUAAUAACUUUACCAAAUGUACAUUCACUUGAUGAGGACCAUGGUAUUUUACACCACCUACUUGAGUUAACCUGAUCAUCGUAAGCCAUGAUUAUUGUUUUUGAAUGGGUGUAAAAUGUUCAUGCUGCACAGAGAGGACAAUGGAGCAUAAAGUUUGAGCAAGCUGAUACUAAUGGUACUUAGUCCACUAAUCUACUGUCAUGACUGUUACUUAGUUUGGUGACAACAGAUUGCUAAGGUUUUGCAAAGUUUAAAUAAUGAGUGUCAUUAUGCUCCCAGUAACCUGCCUUAAUUGGUUAUGACGUGGUAUUUGUUGUGCUUUCGUAAUUACCUUGAUUACUAAAGUUAAACAAAUGUAUUUAUACCUGUUUCAGAAACAUAGCAAGUAUGUUUACAUGUUCUAAAGUUUGUUAAAAUGCAAUGAAUUUCUAAGUUGAUUUGUUCAAAUAAAUUUAGCAAAUUAAUACGUA